UUUGCUGGAGGUGUCCGGGUUCGCACGAGGGUGGGAAGAACGAUACGGAGGAAGAGAAGGGAAGCAAUCGCUAGCAACGUCUGGGUUUCGCUCUUGGUCUUUUGGAGAAACAGGUCCGUCCGGCUUCUGAAGUCACUGCUUCCAAGCAAACAAAGUAGGAGAAGCAAAGCAGCAGGCUGGUCCUCUUGAUCUGAAACUGAGUCCGUGAGAAUCAUGCUGCAUACAAAAGUAAAAAUAGAAAAGCCAGAUUUAGAGACAGCCAAUGCUCGGAACCGCCUUGAAGCUGUGUUGCAGUGUCUGCUGGAAAAGACCGAUGUCGAUCGGGAGCAGAUGGAAGAGGACUCCGGGAAGACCCAGUCGGACGGGCUCACCAAGGACUCUUCUCCUACUGCCACUGGAAAGAGGCCCUCCACCCGGUUCCCCCAUCACCGUCGCAAGAAGAGGAAGGAGACGGAAGACGGACUCACCGAGGGCGGACAGCAGAAGCAGAACACCUAUGUCAUCAAGCUUUUCGACCGGAGUGUGGACCUGGCGCAGUUCUCCGAGAGCACCCCGCUCUACCCGAUCUGUCGGGCCUGGAUGCGGAACAGCCCCAUGGUGCGGGAGCAGGAGCGAUCUCCGAGCCCUCAUCUGCCCUCCCUGCCAGAGGACGAAGAGGGGUCUGAGGGACUGAACGGGAAGAGCCAGGAUGUGUACAAGCUGCCGCCUCCGACUUCCUGCCAGACAAACGCCACAGGGGAGCCGGUGAACCUGCGCAUCCCGUCCCCGCUGGAGCCCGAGAAGGAGGCGAAAGCGGCUGUUGAACCGGCUCCAGAACCCGUGCCGUCCAUGUCCAGCCUCAUCUACAAGAACAUGGAACGGUGGAAGAAGAUCCGGCAGAGGUGGAAAGAGGCUUCGCACAAGAACCAGUUGCGCUAUGCUGAGAGCAUGAAGAUCCUGAAAGAGAUGUACGAGCGGCAGUGAGAGGCAUGGGGCUUCAAUUGACCGCUGACAUCCUGUUUGUAGCCCUCUAGUUCUCUGAGUCUCGUGCGCUCCAAGAGUCCUCUGCCUUGUGGGUUGCUGUUACUGCUGAUGGUUUUGUGUAGCAAUAAAUGCUGUAUUUGGAAUAUA